AUUAAGCACAUCCCCAUUGCUGGAAGAGACAUCACGUAUUUCAUUCAGCAAUUACUCCGAGACAGAGAAGUCGGCAUUCCUCCGGAACAGUCCCUGGAAACGGCAAAGGCUGUAAAGGAACGUUUCAGUUACGUGUGCCCGGAUCUGGUGAAGGAGUUCAGCAAGUACGACACGGACGGCACCAAGUGGAUCAAGCAGUACACGGGCGUCAAUGCCAUCUCCAAGAAGGAGUUCAACAUCGAUGUCGGAUACGAAAGAUUCCUCGGCCCCGAAAUAUUCUUUCAUCCCGAGGUGAGUGGCGUACAUCCUGCGCCGUGUG